GGAAAAAAUUUUAAAACUUUUUGAAAAAAAUUUAAUUAAUAAAAUUUUCAUAUAUAAGGUACAAGAGACUAAACACACACAUUAUCAUAAAAUGAAGUAUUGCGGGUCAACAGCCACCAUGAGCGCACAAAACGAAUCAGAAGUUGAAAGCUUACUGAUGAGUCCAUGUUGGAAUCAAGGAACAAAUGGCGUUCAAGAUCAAUACCUACUGGACGGUCAUAAGCUACUUCUGGAACACGACCUGGACUCACUUCCAAGUGAUUCAGAACAGAAAAGUUCUAUGGAUGUACUGGAUAAUCUUCUAAUGAAUUCAUCGUCGAUUCCAUCAAGUUUAGCUGACCUGAAGCCUUUGCCGCCAUUUACAGGCUACACAGGACACUUAUCAAUUAAUGGGAUUUCAGGACAUCACUAUCAUGCAAUUGCUCAAAGGCUUCCUGAAGAAAACAAUAAUUAUACUACACAGAACUCCUUUCAAAAUGCUCAGUCAGCCGCACAACAAUCUCAGCAAGGAUCAGGGGAUCAUAAUAUAGUGUCUUCGUCCACAUGCAUACCAGAUUCUGUGUUAAAUCCAGAUGGAUCGACAGAUGCAUGCCUGCAAGAUGUAAAACUUUUCUCAGAUAGCGCCUUAGAUAGUAAACUUUAUUCAGUAGCCGAUAGUUGUGUGAUGAAUGGACAAGGUCCUGACUCUAUAUCCGGCGUCCGGAUCCUCGCUGAUGCUAAAGAACUCAACGAAUAUGUCGAUAUGAGCUCAAUUGAAGACAUAGCCGCAAUAAUUGGGUCAGCUAUAGCAGACACAACAGUUCCAAAUCAGAUAGACAACGAAGAUGGAAACGAUACAAGAGAUUCAUGGAUGGAUCUUGAUGCGUGGAUCGAUGGUAACUGCAUUCAGCAAGAUGGAAAACUAAUAGUGUCUCAGCAAGAUGCAAUCAACGAAUUCAUUCUUCCUCAUUCACCUGCCCACACAAAUAGUUCCACGCUUCAGAGUCUCCUCACCCAUGGCUACAUGCCUCUCCUUCAAAACAGACUGCAAAAUGGACCGCCAAUAAAGAGCGAAACUCCUAGUUCAACUUCAUUCUGUGGCGAAUUAAGUUCCACGUCCACCAGUCCACCGGGAUCGGUAGUCUCAACAACAGAUAACAUCAUGAUAAGCGGUCGAUAUCUAACAAACCCUCACCACUACCAAGUGUCAAUGUCUGGUCUGAAAGCAGAUGGACUAUGCAGUCCCGAGUUGAUGGGGAACUUCCCCCACACCACCACAGUCACCCCAACUGCUUCGAAAAAUAAACGCUCGCGGUCGCAAAAGAAGUCAUCAAUGGGAUCUCAGCAACAGCACCAGCAACAACAUCAACAGCAAUCUGUCCAGAUCAAUGUGUCCAACUCGAUUUCACCAACAGCGGUAAGUUUCAACGCAGCAAACGAUCUAAGCAACCUGCUGGGCAAGGAGAAACCUGUACAUCGGUGUAGCAUCUGCAACCGGGGAUUCCUCAAUAAGAGUAAUAUAAAAGUACAUCUAAGGACUCAUACUGGUGAGAAACCAUUUCGUUGUGAUGUUUGCUCGAAAGCUUUCCGUCAGAAGGCACAUUUGCUGAAACAUCAACAGAUACAUAAGAGAAUUGGGCGUGAUUGACGAUCAUGCUUUUGAUACAUGACUAUUUGUCAUCACACCAUUGGUGACGGGUGGUGAUUUCAGUGAUGUUUGCUCAGCGUCGCUGGGAAGUUCGCUUGAAUUGUUGAUAUGCACUUCAGUUGCGUAUUUAACGAUUCGAAUGGUUAUUAUCACUCGUGAUUAAUGGUCAUUGAAGCAUGACAUCCUAUCGGCGCUAGUGGCUCAUUAAAAUCAUCAAUGAAGUCAUCAUUGGUGUCUUACAAAUUCCCAACAGAUGAAAGUAUCAACAUAAUCGCCGCGUAUUGUUGUUCUUGGUUGCUUCUAUCCACAAAUAUCGAACCAGCAAAGUGCUCCUCGUAAGUGGUCAAUGAGGUAAUUACUCUGAAACGGUUGUGGUGAACUCUUAGUCCCCCGCAACAUUUCGGGUAAUUACUCCGAGCACAUACUAUAGUGAAUGCUUUCGUCUUCUACUGGCACAAUUUGUAUUCCUUCGGCAUGUCAGGGUGCGAGUCUAGACACUGUGACUAUGCCUCGAAUGCAGAAUGUACCAUUAGAAGGCCAACUGAAAUGAAUCGAUCGACAAGAGUGCGAUAAUGCUCUUCCGAUAGAAGCAAUCAAAUAACAACGAUUAGUCCAAUUGUCUAUUUGCAUCUGUUUGCUUGUCGGAUGCAACGUGCUAUAAGAAAGGUACCUCAGAAUGUAAUCAAGAGUUUAUAAAUAGUAGUACGAUGUAUAGUAAAUUUACAUGAAAUGGAAUAUUUAUGCUGGACUGGGGCUGAAAUUCUGAAUGAUGACAACAAUUUCUUAGUAAAAAUAAACAAAUUCCCUUUACCGCGCCUAAUUCUUGAAGGGUUUCCUCGUUGUUUUCGGCUUUCAGCGGAGGUUGUCAGCUAAAUAUUUUUACUUCUACUACAGUAAACAUUCAGGACUCAUUCCUCAGUGCAGCAGAAGUCGACAGUACUUCGUUUUUAAGGAAGACACCCCUUGUCCUUGUAAAUAUUGUGAAUCGCCUGAGUAUCGAUGCAGGCGAUCCACAAACCCCAGAACCAACCAGACAUGAAACUGCCUUUUAAAUAUACGAAAUAAACAUUUUAAUGUUCAUUGCAAACAAUACUUACGCUAAGUCCAGUUUGUUUAUUUAUAUUUAUAUUUAUUUAUUCUAUUGUUUAUAUUGAACUAAUUUUUACUAUUACAUACUUCUACUAUUUUGUUUUCUGAACCAGAUGCAAAUAUCGCAAUGAUUGGAAAUUCAAUAAAAUUAAAAAUUUCAUCGACUCCUUUCUUGUACAAUUAAAAAUUAAGUGAGACAUUUUAAAAUUUAUUGGAAUGUAGGAAAAUUAUGAGUAAAUUUUGUCCUAAAUUAAGACACGUGCAAUUUCUUUCAAGUCCUGUAAAUAAUUAUUUUCUAACAUUUAAAUAAUUUCUAAUUUUUGUAUAAUUUCUUAUUUUGCUUUUUUACAAACACAUUUAGAUUUAAGUAAGUUAAGUGAGUUGCGUUAAUUCUUAGUUAAUUUAUGUAAUUUUUGUUUGACUUGUAAGUAAAGUGAGAUAUUAGCU